AUGGACAUGCUAACAUUGAAUUGUCACAAAUUGGAUAUGACUAAGCAUGUAACAAAACUCACUUUUAUCCUCUUCUUCUUCCUCUUGAUAUUCGCCGUUGAAUUCGCAGUUUCAAAGCCUUAUUCAGGUGGCUGCAGCCUCAGUUUUAACCUCUCAACAACUUUGUUUAGUUCAAACUGUGAAGGAGGAGAUUGGGGAGGGUUUUUACAGAAAAGCUGCUGUGGAGCAGCAUUUGAUGAGUACCUCUAUGCGUUAGGCCAGAGGGCGAACCGAACAGGAAAGGUGUUUUUGAACUCUACUGAGCAGAGCAGCUGUUUAGUCUCACUGGCCAAGUUUCAUGGAAAUAUUUCUGGUUGUGGGAUUGAGAAGCUGGUCAGUGGUAUUGGUGGCUGCUCUGACUUCUCUGUUGCUGAUGUUACCGAUAAAUUCGGAGAUGAACUGAGAAGUUUGAAUGAAAAGUGUGAACUUCAGAGUUCUGUGGGAACAUGGGAGAAAGCUUGUGAUUCUUGUGCGGAGGGUUGGGAAGACAUUAAAGGAAUACAUUCAUCAUCUUCGAAGAUCGAAAACGAUAUCUGCAGGUUCGCUGUGAUGGUGUCAUUUACUAGUAGCAGGAUUGAUGAUACAAGAUAUUUCAGCCUCUUUUCUAGAUGCCUUGGGGAACAUAUAAUCAAGUCUGGAAAUGAAGAGUUGAAGCAUAGUAGGAAGACUAACAUUAGCAAAGGAGGACUCAUAGGGGUUGCAGUAAUUGUAUUGAUUUCUGCAUGGCUUUUGUAUAGAAGAUGUAUCAGAUCAACGGGCCUAACAAAAACUGAUGCAUUUAAGGAUGUGCUUACUAAGGAGCCUGGCUGCCCAAAAGUUCCAAUUAAGGAAGUGUAUUCUGCAACGAACAAUUUAAGCGAAACGAAUUUAAUCGGCGAAGGAAAUGCAGGAAAAGUCUAUAAAGGGAUGCUGUCAAAUAAGCAGCCUGUGGCAAUUAAGCACAUCGUUGACGAUGAAGACAUCGAGACAUUUGUCAGAGAAGUUACAAGCUUGUCACGCAUCAGACACCCAAACCUUGUUUCUUUGUUGGGUUAUUGUUUUAGGGAAGAUGAUUGUUUCCUUGUCUAUGAGCUUUGUCCAAAUGGAAACCUCUCAGAAUGGCUUUUUGGUAAAGAUAAAGUCCUUUCCUGGAUCCAAAGGCUUGAGAUUGCAGUCGAUAGCGCCCGAGCCUUACGGUUUCUUCACACAUAUUCAGAAGGCUGCAUUGUCCACCGCGAUAUCAAGCCAACAAACAUUCUUCUGGGUGAGAAUUUCCAAGCCAAGUUAUCCGACUUCGGAUUGUCCAAGGUUAUUGACCUGGGUGAAACCUAUGCCAGUUCAGAAGUGAGAGGAACUUUCGGCUACGUCGAUCCUGAUUACCGAAGCAACCGCCGCGUAAAAUCGUCAGGAGAUGUGUACAGCUUUGGUGUUGUACUUCUGCAGAUCAUCUCAGGCAAGAAGGUUAUCAAUAUGAAUAUGCAAAGACCAAUGCCAUUAAACAAAAUGGCAAAAGUUAUAACCAAAGGUGGUAACAUUACUGAGUUUGCUGAUCCUAAACUGGAAGGAGAGUACUCAACAGAAGCUUUUGGUCUUAUACUUGAGCUGGCUCUUUCAUGCACAGCACUCAAGAGACAACGUCCAUCCAUGGAGCAAAUUGUUGCUAAGUUACAAGAGGCACUUGACAAAUCAACAAAUGCCAAAGCCUCUACUCCUCAAACUACACCACAUAGAAAUGCCUGA